AUGCAGCUGCCUGGGUGCCCGAAGAUUGCAUGUCUCGUCGCCUCGGUGCCAUUGACGAGGCAACACGGCGAAUGCGGAGGCGCAGAGGAAAAAAGUGGUAGGCCGAUGAACGGACGGCUGUGCGAUGAGAAAACGGCAAAGCAGGCCGGUGUGCGAGAAGACGCGCCGGUGUUUGCACACAAAUCGCAUACAAAGAAGAAGGACUCAUCGCAAAUGGGCUCGGUUCAAAAGAAAGUGUCGGAUUCGAAGCGCGACGAGGCGCCGUCGGUAACUGACGAUAUACGCGGCGCCGAAUAUUAUCAUGGCCUCGUGCCAAGACAAGACGCAGAGGCGAUUCUAAAACGAGAAGGCGAUUUUCUAUUGAGAAAAACCGAACAAACGCCAGACCCUUUUAUUACAGGCAAAGUGGUUCUGGCAUUGUCUGUUCGCGUAAAUGACGAUCUCUGCCGUCAUUUCAUGCUCAAUAUGGAUCCGACAACGAAUAAAUUUUAUUUUGAAAGCCAUCAGGAGAACACAAUAUCGGACCUCAUCAACUGGCACAUGACCUCGAAAACGCCUCUCUCGCAGGCGUCGGGCGCGAAAUUGCGGCGUCCGAUGGAGCGAUCCGCGUGGCUCAUCAAUCACGAUUCGAUAGUGGCGGUGAAAAAGCUCGGCGAGGGCGCGUUCGGCGAGGUGUUUCUGGCCGAGUGCGAUUCGGGCGGCAGCAAACAGGAAGUGGCCGUGAAGACGAUGCGAGCUGAAGCCUCGCGAGAAGCUCGCCUCAGAUUUAUGAAGGAGGCGCGACUAAUGAGGAAGUAUCAGCACAAGCAUGUUGUCAAGCUUCUUGGUGUCGCUAUUCAUGAGCAUCCACUCAUGAUCGUCAUGGAGUAUUGUCCAAACGGCUCAUUAUUGGCACAUCUGAAAAAGAACAAGGUGGCAGCGUUGGAGAAGCUCAGAUUCACAACAGAAGCUGCUGACGGCAUCGCCUAUCUCGAACGAACCAAGUGUAUUCAUCGAGACAUCGCCGCUCGAAAUUGUUUGUUGGCCGCCAAAAAUGAGCUGAAAAUUUCGGACUUUGGAAUGUCGCAGGACAACGACGUUCCCAUCAAAGACGAGACACUCGAGAAGGUGCCGGUGAAAUGGCUGGCGCCGGAGACGAUGCAAGAGAAGGUCUAUUCGCAUAAAACCGACAUCUGGUCGUUCGGCGUGCUCGUCUGGGAGAUUUACGCCGACGGCGCCGAGCCGUAUCCGGGUUUGACGAAACUCCAAACGCGCGCCAAAAUCAUCGUGAACGAUUAUCGAAUGAAAAUGCCGGACGGCACGCAUCCGCAAAUUGCCGACAUCGUCACCGGCACGUGUUGGCAGCGGAAUCCGGAGAAGCGGAGCACAAUGGACGCGAUUCAUAAGAAGAUUCGCGAGAUUUAUUUUGCCGAGAAGAAAUGA